AAGUUCAUACAGAUGAUGAAGUUAUAAGUCUUGGGUUAUUGUAAUUUGACUAGAUCAUUCUGACAACUAUUAAGUCACCAUUAGGAAUCAAUGAAUCCCCCAAAAGUUUAGUAGGCAAUCCAGUAACUUAACUAAAAAUGGUAUUUAGUUAGCAGUAAUUUAAUUUCUUACCUAGGCUAUAUCAUCUUAUCAAGUCUUUGCUUUUUUUUUUUUUUUUUUUUUUUUUUAAGUAAGAGUUACAUAAUCUCAAUGCCCCGAGUUUUAUUGAAAUAGUUCCUUCUGGUAAAUAUUUUUUUUCCUGAGAUUAAAUAAUAAAACAAAUGUUUGACCUUAAAAAUGGUUGAUAGCAAUAAUGAAAUCAAUGUAUGGUAAGCAGUUAACGACAAUCAAAUCCAAAUCUAAAUUAGAUCACAUAAUCUCAGGUAUUUCAAAUUUAUUCAAUACCCUUACACUUUUUUAACUGAUUGGUAACUCCUUUUUCUUUCUUUCUUUUUUAAAUUUAAUUAUUUUAAUAAUAAGAUGGCUGGUAGACUAAAAAGGAUGGUAAAUACUCUAUAGGAAGUUAAAUACACUGAUAAUGUAUUUUUAUGCUGUUAAUUUGUAUUACCGAAAUUAAUACAAAUACCAUUUCGCUUCGAAAGGGAAAUGGUAUUGCAGAAUGUUAAUGCGUGAUUGUCCAAUUGUUGAAAAAGUUUAUUAGAUUAGCUCAGAUUUAAGAAGGUUCACAACUUUUUUCGUCACUUCUUUUGGUUUGAAGCUUUGGAGGUUAAGUAUUGCAGUAAAAACUGUUGUCUGUUUAUCACCUAAAACACUCUGACUUGUACAAAUAAUUAAUUUCAUUUUCUUCUUCUGCUUCCUUUAAAUCCAAUAUAUACAAUAUAUUUCAUUUUUCUGUUUCUUGACUUUUGCAUGGUACUAUCACUUACUAUACUUCCUUCCCUUACAAAGCUUCCAUCUUUCAUUUCCACCUCCUCAUUCUCAAUUCUACACUCUCAUUCUCUCAAUUCAACUCUCAUUCUCAAUUCUACACUCUCAUUCUAUCAAUUCAACUCUUUUUCUUAUCUCUCUCCCUCGCUUUGUCUCUCUUUGCAUUAUUCUUUGUGUAAUCUAACUGGAAUUUUGAUUCUUGAGACUCUUUCUUCAUCUUUCCCAGUUGUCGCUCAAAUCUUCUUUGCCUUCUCUUUUCUGUGGUUAAUUAAGGCUUUGCUUUUGGUGAUCAUGGCCACUUUGGAGGCUCAACGCUUGCUUGAACAUGUCAUUAUCGAUUACAUGUGUAAAAGAGGUUUCCAUCAGACUGGUGAGGUAUUCUUAUGCGAAAUCUUUGCUAAUCAAAAUCCAGAUGCUAUCAAUUCUCUUGAUGAAGCAUUUCUGCAAGCAUGGUGGGGUAAUUUUUAUGAAGCAUACAGCUCUAGGUUCCCUGACUUUCCUGUAUUGGCUGCCGAAUGCUUUGAUAAGGUCGCAGAGACUGUGGAAAACGUUGUGGCUAAUAACGGUCCAGCAAAUCAAUUCUAUUCUUCUAAUCAUACGGGAGUAAACAUCUCUAAUGUGAUGCCCGUGAUGCCAUCACCUCAAUUGAUGGUAUCCUCUCCUUUGAUGGAAUCCAGCAGUCCUGAUCCUAUGGACGCUAUGAUUUCAGAUUUGAUGUCAAGAGACAUACCAUCAGACUUACAGUCAGAGAUGAAUGAAAUGUAUGGCAUGCUUCCAUUUGCAAGCAAUGUUGGCUAUCAAAUGCCAACUGUUCCUCCAGAGUGGAAUGCAAGAGAUGACAGACCUGACAUAAACUUGGGAGGACCUGCGCAAAUGGAACUAAAUAAUCAUGCCGCUGCAAAUGCUUUGCCUGCUUCACCAGAACUUUCUGAUGCGGGCAUCUAUUUUGAAGAGAUUCGCCACCUUCACACAAAGAGCAAGCUCCUAUAUUGCCACUUUAAUCAGAUCAUGUGUUGGCCUUGGAAGAUGAUAUGGAAAGUCAAAGUUCCCUAUAAAGUAUCUUGUUUUACAUGGCUACUAGCUAGAGGAAAAGCUCUCACACUGGACAAUUUUUGUAAGAGAGGUCAUCAUCUAUGUUCCAGUUGUUCCAGUUGUUUUCUAUGUGGUGAGGAACCUGAGACAAUUAAUCAUCUGUUCUUGCACCGUAAACUGACUGAACAACUAUGGAGGAUGUUCCUCAAUUAUAGGGGGAUUCUCUGGACCAUGCCAAGUAAGAUAGUUGAUGUGCUAGCAUGCUGGAACAGAGAAGGGAAUGCAAUUCAGGAAAUGAGAUGGAAGGUUAUUCCAGGUUGCAUUUGGUGGACAAUUUGGGAAGAGAGAAACCAAAGAUGUUUUGAAGACAAAGCCAACCAUUUCCAGAAAAUUAAAAUGAAGUGUUUAGGGCUGUUCUACUUUUGGUGUAAAGGAAUAGGUUUAGAAGAUAAUGAAUCAAUCUCUGAUGUAUUAGAAUCCUUGUGAGAUGACACAGGAUCAGAUGCUUACCCUUUUGUAAUUUGUAAUUAGGGGGACUACACAGCUCUGUGUAGUCUCUCUAUAUAUAAAUAUACAAAUAUGUUACCUUCAAUAAAAUAAAAUAAAAAGAUCAAAAAAAAAAAAAAAACGGAAAAGGUCCAAAAAUACCCUUGACCUAUUGAAAAAGGCUCAUAAAUACCCUUCUUCCACCUUUUGGUCUAAAAAUACCCUUCCAUCCACCUUUUAGGUCUAAAAAUACCCUUAAGGUUUGUUUUUGGC